GAGACACACUACACCUUCACUCCUGACCACCUCAGUCCUUGUCAUGUGUACAACUUCUCGUCAUCCCUCUCAAUGGAGCUGGCCAGGGAGAGAGGAGUCCCCAACAUUACUGAUGAAACAAAUUUCCUGAAGUAGAAGUUGCAGCCUGAAUGAUGAUCGUUAUUGUGAAGUUGAAUUCAGAGAUGAGCAAGUGCACACUGUAUCUCUUUAUAAAGAUACGGUUCGUUUUUAUGCCAACAAUGAUACAAAUGGAACUGUUUUCACUCUACCUGCUGAUGGAGAGUACAAAGCUACCAUUGAAGAUCUGAUGGCCUGUGGAACUGGAAAGACCAAAAACUUCACAACCUAUGAUGUUUCAGAGCCCCAUGCAGAGCCGAGUAAUGAUGGUAAAAAGAUUGUGGUAUGGGAGAGCUCAUUGGUAACUCACCUGCAAAAGGAUGCUUUGUAGCCAUUCAGUGCAAUUUCACUACUGAGAUUACCUUUAUUGCUUUGAAACGUAAUGGAGAAAAUCUGAGACUCUCUGGGGAUAACUCAAUGCCUGCAUCAAAUUACACUGUUUAUGUACAUGAUCUGGAGAAGGAUGGGCUUCCCAACAAACAUCCA